AUGCUCUCGGGCUCUCAGGACAGCGCUGGCGGUCAGGAGGGGCUCGUCCCGCCGCCUUUCUCCGCCUUCCCGCCCCCCCCGCCGCCGCCCCCCCAGAACGGCCUGGCCCUGGACUACGGGGGCAGCCUGUACGCGGCGGGGGCCGUCCAGGGCCCCGUGGAAGCCGGUGGAGCAGGAACCGGGGGGGCCAACGCCUGCAGCAGCCUCAGCGUCCAGUCCGACGGGUCCUCCCAGAUCGACGGGCAGUCCGGAGUUGGCUCGGGAGGGGGAGGUGGCGGGGGCGGGGGCCCCGGGGACGACACGGACGCCAAGGGGACCCCGAAGCGCCUCCACGUAUCCAACAUCCCAUUCCGCUUCCGAGACCCCGACCUACGACAGAUGUUUGGGCAAUUUGGCAAAAUCCUCGACGUGGAGAUCAUUUUCAACGAGCGGGGCUCCAAGGGCUUCGGUUUUGUAACGUUUGAGUCGAGUGCGGAUGCGGAGAGGGCCAGGGAGAAGCUUCACGGUACGCUGGUUGAAGGACGCAAAAUCGAGGUCAAUAACGCCACAGCCCGAGUGAUGACAAACAAGAAGAUGACCACGCCGUAUUCUAACGGCGAGGGCCUGGCAGCGCUGCCAUACGCUGGUUGGAAGUUGAGUCCCAUGGUUGGAGCAAUGUACAGCCCGGAGCUCUACACAGUGCCAGGGUUUCCGUACCCGGCAGCAGCAGCAGCUGCCGCCUCCACGGCCGCCACCUUUCGGGGCGCUCACCUCCGCGGCCGCGCCCGACCCGUCUACAGCGCCGUCAGGGCGGCCGUCCCGCAGCCCGCCAUCCCCACGUACCCCGGUGUGAUGGCCUAUCAGGAUGGUUUUUACAGUGCGGCCGAUCUCUACGGUGGCUAUGCAGCAUAUCGGUAUGCCCAGCCGGCUGCCGUAGCAACCCCUGCAGCCGCAGCCGCCGCAGCCGCGGCCUACAGUGACAGCUAUGGACGAGUUUACACAGCAGACCCCUACCACGCUGCACUUGCUCCAGCUGCCUAUGGAGUUGGAGCUAUG